CAGCGCUCAGAUCGCUCAGGAACAUGAGCACUCGAUCCGGUCGUUCAGGGAGUCUUCAAUCGGGUCGGUCCGGUUCCCGUACAAGAGUUCCGUCGUAUUCACGCAAGCCGUCGACUUUCAAGUCGUUUCGACAGCCUCAGGAGCAUCGUAGAGGUGGAUUGGCGAUCCGCGGCGGUCGCGGCAAGCAGAAUAUGCUCUUCACGGACCAGCAGAUGGCCGACGACCUGUUGGCCACGGUACCGAAGCUACACGCCGCUAUCUCAAUAGAUCCACGGAUAUGGCAUCGCAAAGGUCGCAAGGACGGCGUCACCACGUACGAAUUGGUACCGAGUGACAACGGAUCUGACGACUUGGAUCUGGCGUACGCGUCACUGGCCAAAACGGAGAUCAAGUGCCAUCUGAACGAGGUGCUCAACGUUCUCAUUAGCCACGAGUCCUGCGACUACCAAAGUACCAUGUCGGCUCUCUGUGGUGACAAAUUCCGUGACGGACGCGUGGUAUUUCAACAGCCGUGUCACCUUUCCGACGAAUCUCGAGAAAUUCUGUCGGACAUUCAGGAAGGAGACCCAGACGGACAAAAACUCUUGAUCAGCGUCAACGCGGCGACGUUGCAACCGGCACUACACAUGAAGCUGCAGUCAAAGAAACACCGACAACCGCAGCAGUUAUGCUUCGCGUCAUUCACCCACCAAUACGCAAGUAAAGAUCGAGCGGUACAUGUGAUAAAAACUUUGCCCAAACAUGUCCACGACGAGCUUGUGCCGCGCUCGGGGCGGACAGCGCUACGCCACCAACUGGACCACUUGGCCGUUGGCUUUGACAUCAAGUCGACGUCGGCGCCGGGCGGUAGCAGUAACCAGACGACGAGUAUUAUUGCACACGGCUACGCGUCCGUCACGCCGCCCGAAGCUUUCGGGGCGUACGCACCGGAUCCGCGAUCACGCGUCGCUGCCCCGACGCGGUCUCAGGUAACGCGGCGUCGGGCGGUCGUGAUGAACCCCGAAGCGAAACACGUACUGGACUUGUUGACUCGGUCUUUAAAAGAGUUCGAGCGUGUGAUUCGAAGACGACGCUUUGGGUUUCAGUCGUUCGUCUACUUCCAUACAUCUUCAGUGGGCGAUCCCGAGCUCAGGUCGUGCUCUAUUUGCCAGAAACGGUUUUCAUUAAUCCGCCGCGACUUUUUCUGUCAGCUUUGCGGCUACAUGGUCUGUCGAGAUUGCUCGCAGUUGCACGAAGUAGAGGCGCGUGUGGGUCAAGUCCGUCGCAACCGCAUCUGCGUCGAGUGUGUGCUCGGACGUCUAGUGAGUCCCACAGUCUCAUCCAGACGCAGACGCAAGCACAAGACUAUAGACCUGACCGAGAAGGUGCGAUGGGACAUCGAACAUCACCUCAAACAAAACUUGCGUGUGGUCGAGAAACACACGAGACCGGAAGACUGCGACGUGGUAGAUUUGGAGCGUGACUACGCCUUGCGUUUUGACGGCAACAAGACGCGCGACCCGAACCACCCAUUGCCACCGAUGCCUGAGCGUCACAAGGAACAUAAACGCCUGCAGUACAUCCGCGACUCGGGCGUGCUGGACCCGACGUAUGACCGCGCAGCUCUUAACCUUCUGGCUCAGGUAGCAGCGAAGCAGCUCAACUGUCCAGUGGGAUACGUGUCGAUGGUGGGAGAGGACACGCUCCACGCUGUGGGGACGUUCCCUCAACGCCCACCGGAGAUGAACAUGGCUCCUCGUACUGAGAACAUGUGCGCGCACACGAUCUACGCUGACAAACCGCUGGUCGUCAAGAACCCGCAGCGUGAUAUGCGUUUCGCACAGAUGGCUAUUAUCAAGGACGCAGGCGUGAAAUUCUACGCGGGAUUCCCGAUCCGAGCGCCCGACGGGGCCAUUGUUGCGUCAUUGUGUACGUCCGACUUCAAACCGCACGACAACAUUUCCACUAAGGAAUACGCGACAAUGGAGACGUUAGCCAAACUCGCAGGAAAACUCGUUGCACCGCGACAGCUUGCAGCCCCAGCACAUUAA